CCCUUGUAUAUAUCAUGAAGUUUUUGCAGGUAAAUGUCAGAAGUUAAACAAAAGAAAACUCGAUCAUUUCCUUACUACGAGACUUAUGAAAAGAGAUUCCAGACUUUUAAGAACUGGCCAGGGAUAGCGAAUCCACGCCUUCUGGCCCGCGCUGGGUUCUUUUCUACAGACACUGCUGAUCAUGUUCGCUGUUUCUCCUGUGGAGUUGGGAUCAAAUGUUGGGAUAGCUCCUGUGAUCCAUGGACUGAACAUUUGAGAUGGAGACCGAAGUGUGAAUAUCUUAAAACAGGCUAUUCCGCAUACAACAAGGAGAAAUUGAGAGUAGGAUAUUCCUCGUUUGAGGAACGAUUAAUGUCUUUCACAGCCUCAUGGCCUGGAACAGAGUCUCAGGAUCCAGUACAAAUGGCUAAUGCUGGAUUUUUCUACAUCGGAUAUGGUGAUCACGUGCAGUGUUACUGCUGUAAUAUACACGUGCAUUCCUGGGAGGCACAGGAUAUUCCUAUACAGGAACACGCACGGUGGAAACCAAACUGUGGCCACCUCCGAGAGAGGCUGCUACUGGAGAGCAAGCGCGAAAAGGCAAGUUAG